AUGAUUUGUACCACACGACAAGGCAUAUUUCAUACCGGCAUUUUUGGACAUGACAAUAAAAGCGAACUUAAAUGGCGAAUUUCUGCUGAUUUACCAAAUCAUUUGUUACGAAUAGAACCUGUAGAUGAAACAAUCAACAAACGUUUCAAGUACAUACUGUCGAUUGAUGUGAAUACAAAGGAAUUUUACAGCCCUCGUGUCUACGAUGGAUCAGCAUUUCAAUGUAAAAUGCCCGCAAAUUCAGAAAUUGGUACGAUGAAGAUAAAAAUUGUUUAUCCCUACGAAGCGAUAACUUUCUGUUCAUGUGCACUGGUAAAAUCGAAAGAAGCGAUCGUUCAACAACAAUCGGUCGAACUAGUCACUACUCUACCAAAAAUGAUAACCAAAGCCGCAUCGAGAAAUGAGUACACUGAUGUGAAGUUCAGUUUCGAAGACAAAUUGGUUGUCGCUCACAAGCAUAUACUGGCUGACAGAAGUGAAGUUUUUCGCAGAAUGUUUUCGUGGAACGCAGAUGAUCCAAACGCUAAUGAACCGAUCCAAAUUAUAGACACCUCGUACGCUGCUUUCGAACUGUUCAUGGAUGUAAUCUAUUUCGGAACUGUACCAUCGAAUUCUGAAAUGUUUCUGGAAAUGAUCGUGUUGGCGGACAAGUAUGACAUUGCGGAUAUCAAGGCUGCAAUUGAAGCGUCCGCAAUACCAUUGAUGAAUUCGGAUAAUGUAAUCAACAUGCUGAUCACAUCAGAACUGCACAACGCUCACCGAAUGAAAAACGUAGCAUUGGAAUUCUGUGCCAAAAAUCCGAUGACAGAAAUAAGCAACGUUCAGAAUUUGGCCAAAUACCCUGACCUGAUGGUUCAGGUUCUAACGUAUAACCAAAAACAUUUCAAAAAAGCUUAG